CGGCGGGGACCAACGUCGAGCCCAUCGUAAAUAAAGAAAAUAGGGAAGAGGACAAUUUUCUGAUUUACAGAGAAUAUGCCAAGACGACAUUUUCCUGAUCGAGGGACCAUAUACCAAAAAGCAAACAACUCAAGCGCACGCUCCUGUGAAGAAAACUUUCGAACCGAGCAUUUCAUAUUUGUUUGUAAAGGAGAUAACAAUAGCUAGUUGGAUGCAUUUUUACUUUACGUUUCGACGCGUGCUUUGAACGGAGCGCGGUCCCUAGUGACGGCAAAAGAAUGGGACGGCGUGGUAAUGUGGCGGCAGCCACUGCGGAGUUACAAUUGCGUUGCGCCAUUUUCAUGGCACCCUGACGACUCUCUCUCUCUCUGCUUGGGGAUUCGCACCGGCCCAUGGACUUUACAGUUGGGGAGGCACUGGAAUUUGUGUCGAUUUCAUGUUGCAAUCGUCGAAAAGUGAUCGGUAACUCGAUGGUCACGCUUUGAAUAAGCGUCCUCUUUUCUGGUCCACCUCUCCCUCUGUUUUUGUCUUGAACCUCUGGCUGUCGUUUGCCGGUUUGCUCUGGAUUUCUGGAUAUUUCUUGCGCUCGGCUUUCUUCUCUGCUCUCUUUCUUGGCCCUUUUCCAUCUCCCCUUGUUUCUUUCUGGCCAAUUUUGGGGGAGGCCUGACUCGCGAAUUAGACAUCGCUGCACCGUUCUGUGUGCAAGACGAUGGGAUUUGGUCCAUGAUGGCGGUGCGAGAAAGACAACGACCGUCCCCUAAUUACAUGAUUUCGCUGCUUUUCGGAGGAGAUAAGGCGGGGAAGGGGAGGGAGGGGGAGGGAAGCUUGUCAAUGCCCGCGGAGUCGAGGAACCAUCGCGGGCCGACUCGCCGGUUAGACCGGCUGAACGCAUUCAAUAACAUCGACUAUGACGCCUCCUCCUUCUCGCCUUCGCCGGCGUCGUCGCCCGCGCGGCACAGUCGGUUUCGUGAUUCUGACGUAGCGCUGCACCCGGAAAUCACUAGCUUCCGCGUUGCCGACGGAGAUUUUGAGGCUGUCUGCGAGAAGAUUGGGGUUUCUUGUGCGGAUGAUUUCGGCAUACCUCUCGAAGAGUGGAAGGCGAGCAGGAUGGGCUACGACACUCCUCCGACCUCGCGACUUGGGUUCAAUUUGGAGGACAAAAUGGAGAUGGCACGGACCCGGCAGGAAACCAGGGUCGAUAGGUUGGAGAGGCCUGCGGUCGCGGAUGGGAAAGAUAGGGUCUCAGGAAGACGGGGGACGGCGGGUCCGGUGGACAAGUUGCCGGUUUCGGCGUUGCCGUCCCGAACUUCACGUCCAGAGAAUGGGAUCAAGGGGUUCAGGCCGCCGGUGUUCGUCCCUGCACCUCCGACGCCGUCGAUGGUGAUGAGUAAACGUUCCUUGAGAUCAGGUAUGAUUGGCAGGGAGGAGGACAAGGACGGAGUGAGGGAGUCAUGGGAGACCAAAGGUGAGAUAGAGGAGAAGGAAGAGGCGGUUUCAGAUCUGGAGCGAGAGAGUGAGGAAGUACCGCGCCAGAGUGCCGUCCUUGCAGCCUGCUGCUCGUUCUCAACUUCGAACGACGGCGAUGAUGCGUCAAGCACAACGACAGAGUCCCCAACGUUUUUUGUAUCACCAAAUGCGAGAUUCAAGCGCGAGAUAAAGUCGUGGCAGCGAGGAGGAAUUCUUGGGAGCGGAUCGUUUGGCGUGGUAUAUGAAGGAAUCAGCAAUGAUGGCUUUUUCUUUGCGGUAAAAGAAGUUUCACUCCAUGGUCAAGGUGGCAAGGACCAACUUAGUCUACUUGAACAUGAAGUUGCUCUGUUGAGUCAAUUUGAACACCAGAACAUUGUUCGAUAUCUUGGUACGGACAAGGAGGAUGGUAGACUUUAUAUAUUCCUUGAACUUGUGACACAGAAGUCUUUGGCAUCCCUGUAUCAAAGAUAUCACCUUCAAGAUUCUCAAGUGUCUGUUUACACAAGGCAGAUCUUGAAUGGCUUGAAGUAUUUGCAUGACAGGGGUGUGAUACACAGGGAUAUCAAAUGUGCCAAUAUUUUGGUGGAUGCAAAUGGCAUGGUGAAGCUUGCAGAUUUUGGAUUGGCAAAGCAGGUAGACAAAUUACAGGUGUUGAACUCUUGCAAAGGAAGUGCGUAUUGGAUGGCCCCUGAGGUCGUAAAUCCUGACAAGCCAUAUGGGCUUUCAGCUGAUAUAUGGAGCCUCGGUUGCACAGUUCUGGAGAUGUUAACUGGUCAGGUUCCAUAUGCCAACUUGGAACCGACUGCUGCGUUGUUCACGAUUGGUCAGGGCAAACCACCAUCUAUUCCUUUUCGCCUAUCUAAAGAUGCACGUGAUUUUAUCAAGCAGUGUUUACAAGUUAAUCCAGACAGCAGGCCCUCUGCUGCUGACCUUCUUGACCAUUCUUUUGUCAGCAGACCACCAAUUUCAAUCGGAUACAGCCGAUCCUAUCAAGAAAGAUGACUGAUAAGUUUUCCGAUCACUUGUUGCCUACCUGUUCGGGUUUGGUGUGGCUUUGCAUCAGUGGUUUGUCAGCCUUCGUUUAUGGGAAGGGAUGGAACAAAAAUAUGAUUUGGUUGGUUAGGCUGGGUCAAUAAGAUACAAACCUGAGGCCUCUCAGCUACAGGGCCUGAAUAUCAAGAUAUCUAAUUCAUCAAGCUAUCUAGUUCAUGUCCCAAGAAAGGGAGAAGGUUUAUUCUCCGACUCCUGGGGUGCUUUUGCAUGGUCGUGAAGUGUUUGGAGCAAGCACAUGAUGGUGUCUUCAUUUAUUAGUAUCCAAGGAGGCAUGGUGGAUAGGGACAAUGGAAGCAGAAAGGCUACAGUUGCUUGCUACAUUGGCACGGUGGGGGAGGAGGGGGGGAGGAUUCCAUUUGCAUCGGUUUAAUUGUGCAUUCAGCCUUGAAACUAACAUAGGAGCCUUCACUAAUGCUGUUGGAGUACGUCAUUUUGUGCUUAUUUGUAUGUGUAUUUGUUCAUGGCAAUCUUGUAUUAUAAGUUUUUUUGUAAUCUUGGUUAAAAAAUGCGAAAAGAAGCUAUCGUCAUUUGUUGGUCA